CGAGGCUUUGGACGACAUCGGUUCAGUCGGUGAAUGUACCGCGGUGCGAGUGGGUAGGGUCGCCUACCUGGAACCUGGAACGCACCGAAGAGUUCAUCGCUGGAGACUCACCAUCUCUCUCUUUCUCCGUAUAUCUCGACUGGUUCUCUCCGAAACUGCCUCUCUCCAAGUGUGUACCUCCUCGUGCUCCCGUCCACCCUCAUCAAGCGGAUCCUUACGGGGGUGCCGGACAUGGACGAGGAGGUGAUGAACGCUGACGAGGUGACCGUCCGUCCUGGGCGCGGCGAACCCCUGGGGGAGCGAGAGCUCUGUAAAAGCUGAAUUAAGUAUACGAAGCGCCCUUGGGAGAGAUCAUCAUCGGCCGGCAUGUGCACGCGGUCUUGCCGGAGAGGGGUCAUCUCGGCUUGGAUCAUCAGCAUCAUCAGCCUCAUCCUUCUCCGGUGGAGCGCUACCGCGGGGAGCGCGAUAACCCCAGCGUGUAACGUCACCGCCGACGGGCGGGAGCUGUUGUGUCGCGGCGCCGAUUUGUUCUCCGUCGAGCCGAUCCGAAACGUUCAUCUCUUACGGACCGUUAACGUCACCAAAAUUGAUUUAACCAACAAUAAUAUAACGGACAUUCCAAUAGGUGCUUUCCAUCAAUUUCUCAACCUCGAAAUUUUAUUUCUUCGACGUAAUCACUUGCAAACCAUUCACAACGACGCGUUUAUAAAUUUGGGGAGCCUUUGUGUACUAGAACUUGAUGAGAAUUAUUUGACUAAUAUACCGGUUGCUGUUGUAAAUCUACCUGGCCUCAAAGAUUUAUCUAUAUCGAACAAUAGAAUAGAACAACUCGCAGGAGAUGCGUUGCGCCAUGCUGAUGAUUUGGUGUCGCUCGAUUUGCGCGGAAAUCCCAUUAAGGAGAUACACGAGGAGACUUUCCAAAAUCUUGGUAAACUUCGUAAAUUGAUAAUAUCGAAUGCAAAGGAGUUACGGUUUUUUCCUAAUCUGAAUGGAGCGACAUCAUUGGAGAUAUUGAGAUUAGAUCGUUCCCAGCUGAAGAAAGUACCUUCUGAUCUUUGCCGACAAUGUCCGAAACUCAAAAGUCUUAACAUGAAAUCCAAUCAUUUGACGGAGAUACCAAAUUUACGAGACUGCAAUGAACUCCGCGUUUUAGAUUUAGCUAGUAAUAUGAUUUCCACGUUACCUGACGACGCCUUUAAAGGUCUAAAUAUGUUGCACGAUUUACUUUUGUCCCAUAAUAAUCUGCAAAAUAUCUCCAGCGACGCGUUCACCGGAUUACCUAGACUUCAGGUUCUAGAUUUAGAGAGCAAUUACAUCGAAUAUAUACAUCCCGACGCAUUUAGAGAAACAAAACGUUUACAGGACCUAAAUUUGGGAAACAAUAUUUUUCCUACACUGCCAAUAAGGGGUCUCGCGGGACUGUUACAUCUCAAGACGUUCAACAAUCCUGCCCUGCGUGAAUUUCCGUCACCCGAAAGAUUCCCACGUGUACAAACAAUGUUGCUGUCAUACGCUUAUCACUGCUGCUCGUUCCUAUCGAUCGAAGAAGUGGAGGAGUCUGCCACGAGGUCGCCGGUACGGGAAUCGAUUUUGUUUCCCACCGACGAUUUUGAUAGCAGUUUAUGGAACUCCACCUUUAGCGAUAUUUGGCCACAAUUGGAUAACUUGACCGACAAAUUUGGAUCGCAGAUAAAUGAACUUUGGGCUAACUUUGGUUCAGAUUUUACCUAUCCCGGAAACCUGCCUUCCUACGUAGAGGAUUAUUUCGAGGAUCUAGACUCACGAACGACAACUCGGACACUCGUACCCUCUCGCAUCCAAUGUUUGCCGCAACCCGGUCCUUUCCUACCAUGCCAAGACUUGUUCGAUUGGUGGACUUUACGGUGCGGCGUUUGGAUAGUCUUCCUGCUCGCCAUGCUCGGUAAUGGCACCGUAGUGUUUGUCUUGAUAUUUUCGAGAAGCAAAAUGGAUGUGCCGCGAUUUUUAGUCUGCAACUUGGCUGCUGCCGACUUCUUCAUGGGUGUCUAUCUAGGUUUAUUGGCCGUCGUCGAUGCAUCAACGUUGGGGGAAUUUCGAAUGUACGCGAUACCAUGGCAAAUGUCACCCGGAUGUCAACUGGCUGGUUUUCUAGGUGUCCUCAGCUCCGAAUUGAGCGUCUACACCCUCGCUGUGAUCACUUUGGAAAGAAACUACGCAAUAACGCAUGCGAUGCACUUGAACAAGCGGCUCUCGCUGAAGCACGCGGGUUACAUUAUGACGAUAGGCUGGUGCUUUGCUCUGUCAAUGGCUAGUCUACCGCUAUUAGGAGUUUCGGAUUACAGAAAAUUCGCCAUCUGUUUGCCAUUCGAAACCAACGGCAGCGCGGCGCUCGCGUACGUGGUAUUUCUCAUGCUCAUCAACGGAGUUGCCUUUCUGAUACUGAUGGGCUGCUACCUGAAGAUGUACUGCGCGAUACGCGGCUCUCAGGCGUGGAACUCGAACGACUCUCGUAUAGCGAAGAGAAUGGCUCUGCUCGUUUUCACCGAUUUUCUCUGCUGGUCGCCAAUAGCCUUCUUCUCCCUCACAGCGACCUUCGGAUUGCAAUUAGUGUCCCUGGAGCAGGCGAAGGUCUUCGCGGUGUUCAUCUUACCGCUCAACUCCUGCUGCAAUCCCUUCCUAUACGCGAUUCUUACAAAGCAGUUUAAGAAGGACUGCGUGUUGAUAUGCAAGGCGAUCGAGGAGUCUCGAGUGACCCGAGGUAUCGGCAGGUGCCGGCACAGUUCCAAUUUCAGCAAUCGGCAAACACCGGCGAACACCAACAGCCUGGUCGAUCGGUCGUCGCGGGAGAACCAGGGCCCGCUCCAAGCCGCUCCGUCGUGCGUCUGCGCGAAUUCCCGACUACUGGAAACUGGGAGCCGUUGCUCAUCCUACCGCUGGUGGAGCGCCGGCUCGAUCUUCUGGCCAUGCGCGCGCGACUCCAGGCACGCGCGUCACGCGCGCAGCGAUCAGUAUGCUUACCAGAUCGCCCAGAUCCAGCAGAAGCAGCACAAGCGCGCGUCCUCGGUAUCAUCCAGCGAGAACUUCUCCUCGUCCAGGUCGGACUCCUGGCGGCAGACACAUCACUGCGGCAUUCCGCUCCGGCUGCUGGACCCGAAACGCAGAGCCUCCUCCUGGCUGAUCACCAGGAAGCCGUCGCAGGACUCAAACCUGAGUUCGUCCCGGAAUGACUCCUCGGGCUCCGCAACCACUGCCAGCACCAGUACCUGGCGCAUCUCGAGAUCCAGUGCCUCUUUAGAGAUUAGCGCGCGUAGCAAUACGCCGAGGCCGGUUAGACCGAAGCCACGACUGACACGUCAACUCGCCAUUCAGGAACCCGAACCCCCGGGGUCCCCUGGUAGACUGGCCGUUAGAUUAUUGGCCACGAUACCUUCCGCAGCUGAGACCAGCGAUCAGCAAGACGAUGAGAAUGUACCGACAAAUUGAACAUUUCUAUUCCCGGUUCUAUUUUUAUGUAUUAUACACAAUACAUGAUGCGCGCGCGAUAUUUUUUAAUAAGUGUGUCAUUCUCAUCAGACGAAUUCUUUAACACAAAGUUCAGUAUUAACGAUCUUCGCUGGUAUACCUGUGUAGUUUGUAGCUAUAUGUACGUAUAUAUUUAUAUUUAUGGCAUUUUAUAUACAUCUUUAGAAUUGUUGCUUAAGCGAAGUAGAGUGCGCAAAAUGUGAGCAUAAUAGAGAUUUCAUAAACGGUGUAAUAUAUAAGAUGUCUCAUUUUAAAUGAUGACCUCAAAUAUCUUUUAAGUGAAGCAUUUUGGGGAAAAAUAUUUCAAACUAAAGUGAUAGAGUUCAAAGAGAACUAGUGGAUGAUUUUAUUGGAUUUUGGAUCGGGAGUUUAUUUUGGGUCCAGUAGAGCCCAAAAUACUUUUUUAAAAUUAGAACCCUUAUUUUUUAGUGCAGAUUUGGAUUCUAUGCCUCAAAAUAAAAAAAAUUGUUCUUUUUUGUUAAAUUCUGUCAUCCAAUAAGGCUCAAAACAUUGUUUAAAGUUAUUAUUAUGUAAUUCAUUACAAAACUUUUUUUGCAUACAGUCUUAAAAAUGUUGAGUUCAAAGCAGGCCAGUAGAUGAUCUUAUUAGAUUUUGGAUCAGGAGUUCAUUUUGGAUUCAGUAGAGCCCAAAAUAAUUUUUGUAAAUUAAAACCCCUAUGUUUUAAUGUAUAUAUUUGGAUUUUAUGCCUCAAAAUAAAACAAUUUUGUUCUUUUUUUGUUAAACUCUCCAAUAGGCCCAAAACAUUGUUUAAAGUUAUUAUAUUAUAUAUGUAAUUCAUUGCAACAUGUCGAUUUUUGGCAUAUAGUCUUAAAAAUGUUGAGUUCAAGAAAAAAUUGUUUUUGAGGUUUGAAAAUGACAAUCUGAUGGUUAAAUUGAAUAUUGGGUCCAUGUCCCAAGUUAAGGCCUAAUAAUACUCAAUAAUACUCAAUAAGACCCAGACCAAUUUUUUUAGAUGAAAUCCACCAAUUCUUAUCGCUCUGAUCCAGAUUUUACAGAUAUUCAAUUCAAACAGUUUUUGAAAGAUUGGUUAAAUUUUGGGUCUGAUUAAGCAGCUAUAAACUUUUGAUUGAAACAUUUUUCUAUAAAAUGCUUUAUUUAAAAGAUAUU